AUGGGCCCACCUCUCAAGCCUGUCAAAGGCUUGACCUUGACAGCUAGGAAGGAUCCGGCACAACGCAGCAUGAACCAGGAGGACUGGAAUGCAGAAAUGGGGGACGAGGAUUCAUCAGUUCUUCCCAGCCUUGAGCAGGCUAGAUUCUCUGGAAGACCAAAUGGCCCCUCAUCCGACUUCAGUCCAAGUAUAGGCUCAUUUGGUGCUGUUGAAAGACAUAGGCAGGAUUACUUUGGAGGGUAUUCCAGGAGUAGAGGUUUUAAAGAAGGGGAUGCUAUAGAAGAUUCUACACAAAAUAGAGGUUUUAGAGGAUUUCCUGGUGGCUUUGGACAGAAGGAGAGUAUUAAAGUUGAGCAAAGAGACAGACCUCAGUCUGGCGUUUUUCUUGACUCUCGAGGAAGACGAGCAUGUGGAGAUCGUACAGCAGCUUACAAAGAACGCAGUGAAGAAACAGAUUCUGAAAGAGGUCCAAAGGUGACUUAUGUGCCCCCUCCUCCACCUGACGAUGAACAAGCCAUAUUUGCACAUUACCAGACAGGAAUUAAUUUUGACAAGUAUGAUGAAAAUGUUGUUCAAGUGUCAGGACUUGACCCUCCAGCGCCAUUACAGGAUUUUGAAACAGCUAACCUCUGUCAGACCUUAAAUGUGAACAUUGCUAAAGCUGGAUACUCUAAACUUACGCCAGUGCAGAAGUAUAGCAUGCCUAUUAUACUGGCUGGGCGGGAUUUAAUGGCAUGUGCCCAGACAGGAUCGGGAAAAACUGCAGCUUUUCUUCUACCAAUUGUGGCCCAUAUGAUGAGGAAUGGUGUAACUGCCAGCAGCUUUAAAGAGCAGCAAGAACCAGAAUGUCUUAUUAUUGCCCCAACUAGAGAACUGAUAAAUCAAAUCUUCCUAGAAGCAAGGAAAUUUGUGUAUAGAACUUGUAUAAGGCCUGUUGUGAUCUAUGGAGGUACACAAACGGGCCAUUCAAUUCGUCAGAUAAUGCAAGGCUGCAAUAUACUAUGUGCCACUCCAGGAAGACUUCUGGACGUCAUUAGAAGAGAGAAGAUUGGUUUGUGUAAUGUGAAGUACUUGGUGCUAGAUGAAGCGGACCGCAUGCUUGAUAUGGGUUUUGGGACGGAUAUGAAGAAUCUGAUUUCUUUCCCAAGCAUGCCACCAAAAAACAAACGUCAAACACUCAUGUUUAGUGCCACUUUUCCUGAGGAAGUUCAGAGGCUGGCUGGCGAAUUUUUGAAAGCUGAUUAUUUAUUUGUUGUUGUUGGACGUGUGGGUGGAGCUUGCAGUGAUGUUCAGCAGACUGUUCUUCAGGUUUCUCAGUAUUCCAGGAGGGAUAAACUGGUAGAAAUUCUACAGAGCAUAGGUCAUGAACGAACCAUGGUGUUUGUGGACAAAAAGAAAAAAGCAGAUUACAUCGCAGCCUUUCUCUGUCAAGAAAACAUACCAGCCACUAGCAUCCACGGAGAUAGAGAACAGAAAGAGAGAGAAAUAGCUCUUCACGAUUUCCGUUCAGGAAAAUGUCCAGUUCUUGUGGCAACUUCAGUGGCAGCAAGAGGUCUGGAUAUUGAAAACGUUAAACAUGUCAUUAAUUUUGAUCUUCCAUCCACCAUUGAAGAUUAUGUACAUCGAAUUGGACGAACUGGUCGUUGUGGCAAUACAGGAAAAGCAGUUUCCUUCUUUGAUGACAGUUCAGAUGGUCACCUUGCGCAAUCUCUAGUUAAAGUGCUUUCAGAUGCCCAGCAAGAAGUUCCUGUUUGGUUGGAAGAAAUUGCUUUUGGUUUUCAAGGACAAAGAGAGUUUACAUCAUUUAGUACCCAAAAGAAUUACAGAGGCAGAGGCGGCAUGAACCCAGGAAGAAUGAAGAUGCCAUAUUCUGCAAGUGAAUCUGAGUCAUGGGAUUAAAACUACUUUAGUCCCAAAGUCGAAUGUAUUCUGUUGUGGUUUAAGUGAACUGUUAAACUUAAUGUUUCUUACUGUUGAGCUUAUUGGAACACUGAAUGUUUAAAAUAGAGUAGCUCCUAUCAUAUGCUAAAGGUGUUUGAGCAACUUAUAUAUAUACACUCCCUUGUGACAAACACAGUGAUGUUUAUAACUCCACAUAGGACGUCAAAAGCAUUUUUUCAGGAAACAUUUUAGAUACUGAAUGUUAAAACUUGCAGUAGUGCUUGAUGCUUGGUAGCUAGUACGCUGUUGUAAAAAAGACAGGCAAGAUUUUGCAAGUGGAAAAUAGUAGAUCCCUUGAACUUUGAUUUUGUUACCAGGAUUUUGCAUGGGAAGAUAGCCUGUGAAGACCUGGUUUGGAAAAGAGCUGUAUGUAAAGGGGUCAUCUCAACUUAAUGUUCAUUCCUAUUUGUAACAGGUCAGUUUUAAAAUUCUGAUCUAGUGAUGAGGUGACUUUAUCCUGAGGUUCUGUUAAACAUCUUGUAAACAGUUACUUAAUAAAAGCUUGCGGAUUUGAUAGCUGCUUCUGCACCGGAUAUACAAAAAAAAACUUGUCAUUUCAGUUUCAUGAACUGAUACUAUUUUGAUAUGCAUGGAACAUGUAUGUCUCUGUGUGGAACUGAAGGUCAGUGGCUAUAGCUACACCUUAGUUGAAAUGCAUGCUAUUGCAGAGAUGUCUGUAGAGAAGGAUAAAACCCUGUUUCAUUUCUAGUAUAUAUUUUUUGGUUUUGACAGCCGUAGAUACUGUUCUGUUACUUCUUGUGGGAAAGUUUUCUUUAGAACAAACUUGGUGGCUUAUGCCCAAAUCAGUUUCCCACAUUCAUGGAAGAUAUGGAGGGUAAGCAGCCAUUAGCAGUUCAGGGAGUGUUCCUUAAAGUUGCUUUUUCUUUGUUUUUUUUUAUUUACCAGUGCAGAAGGCUACAAAGACGCAUAUCAUUGUGUCCCAAAUGAACAUGCAAAGUAAUUGUAAUUUGUACUGUCUUGCACAGCUAAACAAGUUUAUAGUCUUCUCAUCUUCUUCAGUAUUUACCACACAAUGCAGAGCACUAUUUCUUGUAUAGUCUUCCCACUUGAUACAGGGAAGUAAUACUUUUAAGCUCUGCUUACAAGACUGAAGAUUUAAUGCCCAUGUUUGUGAGAAUCAAAGUGAUUUGGGUAGUGCUGUGAAAUCUGUUAUUGUGGAAAAGUGUGAUGCUGUUCUUAGUUUUUGUUUUGAUACAUUCUCAAAAGUGUGUAUUUACUUAAGUACCUAUUUACAAAAAUACUGUUACUUUUGUAGACUUGAGAUUUACUGCUAUAUAAUGUGCAAAAAAGUAAAGUAAGUCUUGUGUGCUUGGAAGUGAGCUGAAGGGAUGGUGCACCUAAAUUGCAACUCAAAAGUGGUGGAUGUAUUCAAUUGUGAAGUCUCUAAGAGUACAGUACCCUGGGCAGCAUGACUCCUUUGUCUGACAAGCAAAUAUUCUGAUAAUUUUUUAAUCAAUUCUGAAAUUCAGGUAAGAAAUCAAGGGUGCUUUUGGUUGUUGACUGCAAUAAAUGCAAGUGAACUUCAUUUUAGAGGAGCUGUUUGGCUGAUGAAGCCUUCCAUUUCUGCAAAACAAAACCAAAGGAAAUGUAGCCAUGGACCACUUUUAGCCUAGAAGGAGCCUGGCGUAGCCUUGUUUAGGGGACCACUUAGAUCACUGGGUGUUUUUUCAUUUGCAUCCCAUCCUAUGCCUCUUGGGUUGUGAGGGGCAGCAAAGGGAGUUCUGUAACUGUCUGAAGAGGUGUUCUGGCCAUGUUGUUAACUGUCAUUUGCGCUGAAGACUAGGUAAGGGAAAAAGCAGUGCUGUUCUGGCUUAGAACUGCUGAGAACUGUUAAGUGCUCAAACUGCUCAACAGCUUUCUUUAGAACUACUGCAUGAAACACUAAACAUUGUGGAAUUUAAUCUCCUUUAGAGAGCUGAAAGUGCAACUUGUCAUACCUGACUAAGGGCCAUAAGGUGUGGUGGGUUGAAGUUACAGAUGCAGCAGUCUCAGGCUUCCAUAGCUUUUUCAUGUCUCUCACAGUUUAUCAACUAAAACAUCUCAAAUCACCUCUAUAACAAUAAAGGGUUUGUAUACAGCAUGUUUAUCAAAACUCAAGGGUUUGCCUUAAAUAUUUUGAUAAAGGAGUAUUCAUCUUUGUGUAA